ACGAAAUUCAUUCAAUCUGUCGCCUCGGUGGAGUUAGGUCAAUCGCUGUGUAAUUCUUCGGUUCCUCAAAAAACAGUAGCUAUGACGACAGUGAGAGGUUCCUUCGCGGUACUCGUGAGUCUUGCUUUGAUUUUGAGCGACGCUAGAGUAUCGGCUCUCUCCUGCAUCCAGUGUCAGUCCAUCGACGUAACCUGCUCGGAACCGGUGGUAGAAUGUACCCGUGGUAUGGCCGACGUAAGUCGGCACCUGUUGCUGCUUCUGAAACCUGAAUUCACCCAAGGCCCCCGACUGGAUACGUUUCGGUGUUUCGAACUGGAAGCCCAUAAGCAGGGAACUAGUGCUUAUCUGAAGGGUUGCAUGUACGACAACGUCGACGUGUGCGAAGGAGUUGUUGCUGGCGGUGAACAACGUGGUUGCCGACAGUGUGCCAAUGACGCAUGUAACGGAUCUGCGGGGCUGACUGGAAGUGUGACAGUAUUGGGUGCUUUGAUCCUGACCCUGGGUGCUCUUUUGUUGCAGUAAAAUAUUAACAUACAAUACAGCAAGUACUGGAGAAUUCGUUUAAGUUGCUUAUGUUGGAAAAACAUUAUCUCAAAGCCAUAAUCAAUAUCGACUGAUAAGACCGAUAGCGCUUCAUUAAUUCACUCUGCAUAAGCUGUUCUUGAAAUUGAUUGGUAUUUUCGAUAAUUCUGAUUUAUGAGUGUGGAUUUUUGUUUAUCUGGGCAUAGGGUAUAUAUAUCAGGUGUGAAUCAAUUACUGAUACUGAGUAUAGCAGAACAAUUCAUCUUUGGGGUGUUGUUGGUGUGAUCUAUACGUCAGUAAUAGACGUAUGAAUCACACCAACAAUACUUCCAAAAUCAAUUGUUUCACAUAAUACUGUAUUAAUGUAAAGUAAUCGAUUGUAACACAGUAUCUAUCUAGCAACAAACUUAGGACUUCGAAAGUAUUAUAAAUCGAGGAUUUUUUUUCAAAUUUGUUGUUUUCUUUGAGUUGAUAAAACAGCUCGUCAAACAUGAAACACUAUCAGUGACCAACAUAAACUAUAACAAAGGGGUACUAGUAGCUGUUAAUCAUGGAUGGAUGUUUCUCAAAACGCGAUUUAACUAUCCUGUAAAAGAACAUAGGAAGGAAGGUACCCUAGGGUAUACUGCACGAAGAUGAUUUCCCUUUGUAAAUAUUUUUUUUCAACACCGAUAUCGACAU